UUUUGUAUAAAAAAAAUAUGACAACAUUUGAAUAAAUCGACGUUGAGAACAAAGAAAACAACCAAUCUUUUAAUGAAAGAGAAGAAUUUAACUUUAAUUCAUCUAGUCGAACAUCGCCCAUUUUUAGUACGAUUGUGCAGACACGUGUUAGUCUCACUGCGCGCAGUUGUUUUGUGUUGAUUAACAAGAAAUACGUAUUGUGAUUGAAAAAUGGGUAAAGGAUGGAAAAAUAAACCGAAAAAGAACUUUGCUGAAAAGCGUCGCGAGAAGCAAAAGAAAAAGGAUGAAUGGGACAAAGUCCCCCAAAGAAGUUAUCCAGACAUUAUUAGGGAGAAUAAGGACUUUGAGAAUUAUUAUAAGACUCAAGGAAUAGUUCCAGAAGAUAAAUGGGAUGCAUUUAUUGGUACAAUGAGGACCAACCUACCAGUUGCUUUCCGUAUCACCGGCUCUAAAAUAGAAGCAAAGGCUUUAUUAGAGAUAAUCAAAAGUGACUUUUUUAAAGGAAUUUUGAAUACAAAUUUAAAUGGUGAUAAUGAAAAUUCUAAUGAUGAGGUAAAAACUAUAUUACAUAGUUUACCUUUUUAUCCGGAAGAACUGGCUUGGCAAUUGCAAUUGACUAGAAAAGAUAUCAGACGAUCUGAAGUUUACUUCAGGUUACAUAACUUUCUUAUUGCUGAAACUAACAGUGGUAACAUCAGUAGACAGGAAGUAGUUAGUAUGGUUCCUCCUCUGGUUUUGGAUGUCAAACCUUCACACAAGGUUCUUGAUAUGUGUGCUGCACCUGGAUCAAAGACAGCUCAGCUCAUAGAGAUGAUACACGCAGAUGAGGGAAAUAUUCUUCCAGAGGGUUUUGUGAUAGCCAAUGAUCUUGACAAUAAUCGUUGUUAUAAGCUGGUGCAUCAAGCUAAGAGACUAAACAGUCCAAACAUCCUCAUUACAAAUCACGAUUCAUCUAUAAUGCCCAAUUUUACAAUUACAAAACCAGAUGGUACAAAAGAUAUUUUAAAAUUUGAUAGGAUACUCGCUGAUGUCCCAUGUAGUGGUGAUGGUACAAUGAGAAAGAAUCCAGAUAUAUGGUGCAAAUGGAGUCCUGCUAAUGGCAGUAAUCUCCAUGGAAUUCAAUAUAGGAUAGCAAAACGUGGCUUGGAAUUGCUAACAGUUGGAGGAAGGAUGGUGUAUUCUACUUGUUCAUUAAAUCCUAUUGAAAAUGAAGCAGUACUUCAUAGGAUCCUUCUUGAGACUGGAGAUUCGGUACAAUUAGUGGACUGUAGAGAUUUAGUACCAGGAUUAAUAUGUGACCCGGGUAUCGCACACUGGAAACCGGCAUCUAAAAAUUUACAAUACUAUAAUGUCUGGGAGGAAGUUCCGGAACAGUGGCAGACCCAAAUACGACCGAAAAUGUUUCCUCCAUCAGCGAACGAAGCCCCCAAGUUUCAUCUUGAACGUUGUAUGAGAAUAUUACCACACCAUCAAGAUACUGGAGGCUUUUUUGUGGCUGUACUGGAAAAAAUAAAAUCCUUGCCAUGGGAAAGUGAAACAUUAAGUCAGAACGUUGCUGAUAACAAAAACAAGAAUGAAUUGAGUCUCGAAGAAGAGGCUGCACGAGAUGCAAAACUUCCAGAAAGUGGGAAAAGGCCAUUAGAAGAAGGAAUAAAACCACAAAGGAAACGGAAAAAGAUUGUUGGUUACAGAGAAGAUCCGUUUGUCUUUUUUAAGGACGAAUCUGAAGAUGCAUGGCAAUCUAUUAAAGAUUUUUAUGGUAUAUCUAAUAAUUUGGACCCACGACGUCUGCUGGUAAGAAGUCACGAAGGGAAAAAGAAAAAUAUUUAUUUCACGUCACCAGCGAUUCGCGAUCUAGUGAUAUGUAACGAGAAUAAGGUCAAGCUUAUUAACACCGGCGUUAAGACAUUCGUGCGAUGUGACAAUAAAAAUAUGAAAUUCCGACUUGCUCAAGAAGGAGUACAAAGUAUCGCUGACUAUAUAAGUGAUGAGAGAAAACUUUACGUUUCAAAAGAAGAUUUAAUCAUGCUUUUACAAAACAAUGAUCCACUCACACCACCUGAAAUUGUAAAAUUGAGUUUAGACACUCAGGAACGUCUGAAGAAUUUCGCGACCGGAAGUUGUAUACUGUUAUACAAAGAAGAGAGAACUGACAAUCUGAACCCGCUAAAUCUCAAAAUGGUUGGGUGGAAGGGAAUAAUAUCUCUUAGAGCAUAUGUGCCUACUUGUGACGCGAUUCACUAUUUACGCCUUUUAGGAGCGGAUUGCUCUAAAUUUGAGAAAAAUAAGUUUGAAGAAAGUCGCGCAGCCGUAUCCACUGAAGACGUCAACGACGGUGAAAUUGAAACCGAAGAUUCCAUUAGUGAAGAAACAGUGACGGAGAAUGGCGAUUGCACAGAGAAAAUUGAUGACAUAAAGAUCGAGACAAAUAAAUAACUUGUUACGUCGUAAUUAUGAUUUAACAAGUUCCCUACAUAUAAUGUCUUAUGCACAUUAUUUUCGCUCUGCAAACUAAAUUUAAGUGAAAUAAUUAAAUUAAGUUUUUUAUUUAAAUGGGAACGUUUUUUUCGUCUUCCUUAACGGUGACCGAGCGUUCUGAUGAUGUAAUAACCACUGAGAAUCGUGUUAUAAAUAAGCCGAAUAAAAAUAUGAUUUUAUAGGAUAA